AUGAAACACCCAAGAGUAUUGGCCGUGGAUGUGGCCCUCGGGGAUACUUCCUUUAAUGGCCUGUCAAAGAAGGUUCCGUAAGAAAAAAAACAAGGUACCUUUUUCAGGCUUCAGGUAUAUGAAGAUUAGGGAUUUCAAUUGUUGAAGUGUAUAAAAGGGUAGAGACAUAUGUGAUUUGGGUCAGUUUAUGGUCGUUUCUAUACAAAGUCGUUUCGGUACAAGUUUAUUUAAUCGAGUUGUAAAUAGUUUCGCGUAAUUGGCUUAAAGAACGCCGGAUGAAUAUUCACCCAAAAAGUUUUUCAUGUUCAUGCGCAAAGUUCGUAUCCAAACGGCCGGUUUCCUUUGAUCCUCAAAAAAGGUCCAAAAGAGCUAAAGGACUCAUUUCAUAGCUUUCAAAAAGUCGUGGAAACGUACUGGUUUGUGAUUUAUUCACAUUUUAAAACGUUUUUUGGGAUGCAAAGUUCCCAACGCAUUUGAGAGGGACCAUAUGUCAAUAGUGCAUGGUAAUUUUUCUGUCAAAAAUGGUAUAUAAUUAAAAAGGAUAAGGGGUCGGACCUCGUGGCGAAGCCUCCCGUUGUAAAACUUUAUUAAGAAUCCCCCUCUGGUAUGCAAUGGGGAUGGGGCUUGUCCAUCACAGGGUUCUGCCCAGCAGUAAGUGGCAAGUACCUUUUUAUCAAAUCCUGAAUGAAAAGAGACCAAUAAAGUGGUUUGUAGUUAGUCUUGUCUAAGGAGACAACGUGUCGGCAAGACUUGAUCCCGAGCCUACUGUUUGCGAAGGUGAAGAGUGCAAUCGGCCACCAUGACUCCAACAUUUAAACCAGAGAACACAAUUUCUCCGUGGGCUCUCUUCUCUGUAAAUUAUUGGACUCAACUUUUGAUUCUGUGGGUAACACUGCUACAGUACCAGGAGAGAAUGACCUUAUUCUCUCUCAAUGAUACUGUUUGUGGUUUGACCUGCACAGCAGGUGCAGGAAAAACGGGGGAAGAGGAUGGGAGAAAACGUUAAAGGGAGAUAAAGCCCUUUCCCUCUCUCCCCAAUCCCUCUUCCUUUCUUCUUUACUCGCCUACCCCUUUCGAACGGCCGCUAUUUUAAUCAUUUGGAGCGAUUUUCGUAUGACCUUGAAAUGAAAACGCGCAAACAAAACAGAAACAACAAACAAACGGACAUAGAGCGAUUUGCUUGGUUUAUCGAACGGAUACAAACGCACGUGGCCUUUGGUUGGUUAAGCGAACGUUCGCGUCGGCUUUGACGUUAUACUGCAACACGAUUGGUCAAUCGAACAAUGCCUUCUCCAAUCCAUAUAACGGUUUUCUUUGGCCGAAAAACGAAGAGUCCAUGUUUUGAACUUUUCAUCCCUUGGUUUAUAAAACAAAUGACAAACAUUUACCGAAGUCAUUUUUCAAGGUCAUACGAAAGUCGCUCUAUUUCUCUUUUGUUUUGUUUUGUUUUGUUUGUUUCUAUGUUUUUUCGUUUUGUGUGACCCCUGGAGCACCAAGAGCGUCUAUGUGGGAGGCUAGAAGUUUAAGCUUUGAUUGAUUGUGCUCGCAAAGUAGUAUAAAAAUAUGCUAGUAGAUAUUUCUAAAAUUGUGCUAAUAAUUAUGCAAGUUUUUUAAAAUUAUGUUCAUUUCGCAAAAAAAAAAUGCAUAAAUUAUGCUUCUACUUUUUACUUUAAAUUUGGUAAAAACACUUCACAAAAAAGUAAAUGGCAAACUCAUUUACCCUAUUUACAUCUAGAAACUUUAAGAGUGUAUAAUUCAUUAUCUGAAAUCUAUAAAAACUCAAACAAUCAUCAACCAGCACACGGACGCCAUCUUGGGUGUAACCGAUCUAUUUCUCUGCAUGCAUUCAUGCUUGUAGAAAGUGUCCUGGGUCACUUCCCGUGGGAUCCCUGAAGUCCCAUGAAUGUGACUGAUAAGCAGACAAAAAAAUUGAUUUUGCUACUUAAAUUCGGCUGUAACACUGAUCUCUCAAUUUUGUGCUGCAAAACUAGCUAAAAGUGAAAAUAAUGCUAGCAGUGCCCUUGUUAGUCUGCUACAAAGCCGUUUUUAGAGUCGUCACGCAAUGCCGUGGGAAGGAGCGUUGCGUGACGACAAUAAAAACGGCUGUGUAGCAGACUAUGCCCUUGUUGGUAAUGACUAUAGAUGAAAAUUAUGCUCGUAAUGACGAAUUAUGCCAAAAAUUAUGCUAGACCCUGGGGGGAGACUCCCAUAUCAAAGGGGCGGGGAUGCUUGUCGUCUCACUUGAGGGUGUAAAUUUCGGAUUUUGGCCUCACUUUUGCCUAGUGCCUAGGCCUCAUUAUUCCGUGCGGCCAAAGCGUUUCGGGACACGUGGUCCAAGCAUUGUUCGCCUCGGAUACGUCACCAAAGUGAAUUGACCGAGAGGGACUGGGAAAACGCCGUGAGGUUACAUGCGAAGAAAUAUAUUUAAAAAAAUCAAUUCUCUUUAUUUACUCGAUUUUUGUAAUCAAAGUUUAAAAUGGUUUCUUUUAGGGGUCAAAAUUGUGUCAAGUGUGGGUGAAAAACUUCGCCCCAUAUGGUCCAUAUGUUCUCCAUACUACUCAAGUUAUAUGAAACCCGUACGUGACACAAAUAGUGAGCCUGGGUUGCCUGUGGUGUAGAUAAAGAAUUGUACCCUUUACACCUAUUAUUGGGGUAAAGGAAAUAGUUCACUAUAUUUAGGGCUUAAUUCUUUGUAUAGAGGUUCCACCGUAUAUCGAUAUUGGGGGAAAAAAGAGGACCUUGGAACGGGUGUCAUUUUUGGCCGGGUAACUACUGGAUGUAGGCGCUCAUACAAGGAUCCGCCUGAGCCUGCGUUUUUGCCGCAUGACAUAACACAUGCGCAGUCGUUUUUCAGCCCUGCUACAACGCGGGCUUUUUGAGGUUUGAAGUAAAGAGAGGCCACAUUGGGUUCUUUGCCGUUGUACAACUCUGCAUCGUUGGGUUUUUUUGAGGUGAGAUCAUUGUAAUUUUCUUGUUUCAAUAGCUUAUAGGGCGAUUACCCUUUCUGUUGUAAUUUCGUUAGUGGACAUCCUAAUCGAACUAAAAUGUCGAUGGACUGAGUUCGGGAAUUCGAAUCGAACAGCACAUUUUUUGUGAGGUCAGCCUCCGUAGCAUGGCGGUUUUGGUCGGGCGCGCAAACAAAAGCGCCAUGGUACGCUGGGUACUGUGAGUUCCACACUGGUUCGAUUAUCGAAUCGAUAGAACUUGAUCGAAAUAAUCAAACUUACAAUGUCAUGUAGUCCAUUGAAAAAGAAGAAAAUCGAACAACUCAGUUUGAUUAUCGAACCAAUCGAAUCCAACUCAAUCAAACGAGUAUAGUGGAACCCCGUUAAUACGGUCUCUAAUGGGCCAAAAAGAAUUGGCCGUUUAAACGGGCUAGGCUCAAUAAGCUUAGAUAGGCAUUUUGAUUUUUUAAAUUUCGAACGAGUGGCCGCAUUAACUGGGUAAAUUCUAAGAGAAUCUACUUUUUGGGAUUUUAAAAUGUGACUGUUAGCCGUAUUAAGACGGGGUUCUACUGUAUGAAGUAAGCUUGAUUGAUUUCUGCUGUGUUUGAGGACAAGAGGAUGAGAACAAAAAAACAAUAUGGUCUACUGGUUUGCAUUACAGCGGCUGUCGUCUGUUUCAGGUCUGCCUUCUACAUUUGUAGCUGCAUACACAAUCACUUGUGGUAUUUCUUUUAAAUUAUUGUUCAAACUACUGUGACUGUGAAACAGGCGACAGCAGCAUGUAUUAACAACUGAAUAAUUUUCUAAGUUUCAAUGAAGUUUACAGUCAAACCGCGAAAACUGUGAACACCAGAAAAUUCUGGAGUGUUAUUGGAGUGUUAUUGUGUUGCAAGAAAGAAGCUAAUUAGUUGUGAGAAAACUAAACCGUAAGCAAGAAUGUUAAUUAGUUUGUAGUUUUGUGGCUAGUUCGCUACCCUGGUCCCAGAGGUUUUUGAGGUUUUCUCUCUCUCCUCGCUGCCGUGUGUCUCUCUUGCUCUUUCCUGAAGAAAAAUUGCAAGAAAAACCUCUGGGACCAGGGUACUAGUUCACAGGUCCUGAUCAAGUUUUGCUGUGAUUGGUCAUAAGACAAUAGAAAUUCCUAAGAUAUUUGAAAUCUUCAUGGUUUUCCUGAUCACACUGUAAUAAAUAUGAAUUAAUUAACAUUAUUAUCAUUAUUAUUAUUUUUAAUUUUCGUAAUAGCAGUUGAUAGAAAGCAAAUGGUGUAAAAGGUCAUACUCAAUAUCUGAGAAGAAACAAGAGAGACUGAGCUAUCUUGGAAGGAAUUACUGUCAUGAUGGAAAGAGUAAACACUAAAUGUAAGUAGUAGUGAUUUUGUUGCCUCCGCGCCCUGCCUCCCAGACACAAAAUAAUAAUAAUAAUAUUCAUAGUAAGCAUACCGUACAGUAGUAUGUAAAGAGAUUGAUCAAUCUGAACAAGUGUAUUUGUAGAAAUAUCUGACCCGUUAGUGUAGUUUCUGUGGUAGCUUUUAUAGCUUUUGUUUAACGACUUUUAGCCUUUGUUUAGCCUUUGUUGUGCUUUAAAACAGAAGGAGUGUAUUUCAAUUUCAGUAUACUGUAAUACAGAGUUUUGGCAUCUGUGUUCAGGCUAACUAUCUGGCUAGCCAAGCAUUUUCAAUUUCCAAACUUAUUUUUUUUACUGGGACUCAUUGGUUCUGGACUUGGACUCAUGAUUUUUCACAAGAUGAGUCCCAGGACUCACCAUAACUAUUUGUAACAAAAUCACUGUAAGUAACAUGGCUGUCAUUAAGACCCAGGGGCCAGGGAUUUCCACUGGCUAUUAUGAACAUGGCCCCCAGCUACUUUCAUAGGAAAAUAGAAGAAAAAUAGAAUCUAAAGAAAUCCCUGGCUGUUUGUUUCCCCACCUACUUGUUAUAUUAAUUUACCCGGUGACUUGAAAUCUUAGUUACAGCUGUAGUGACAUCCGUGAAGUAAUAAAACUACAUGUACAGACAACAGUUUACUCGUCACUCAUCAGGAGGAUAAAUUUCCUGAGAUUCCACUGUGAUUUGGUCCUGCUCUUUUAUUUUUGAUAAUUAACAGCGUGCAAAGAAAGUAGUGUCCGAUAGCCUGGGGCUAAUGGAUUUUGCUAUCGGGCUUGUGAAUUCUGUUCUUAACUUGCCCAAUAGGCAAGUGAAGUGUCUUGAGGAAUCCAACUUACAGAAGAACUGUGAAAUCAAUUAUGCUCAUCAAAAAGUUUUUGGGGCUAGCUGAAAUGACAUUUGGGCUAGUAUAAUUAUGUUAGCUUCAGCUUGUCCGAAUGGCAAGCUGGAAAAAUGGCUUUCUUUGCACCCUGAUAAACGUUGUAGGGGUUGGCACUUUUUAGAGUAAAUCGUCUCAAAAGUAGUCAAACAAGUUUUUGUCUCGAAAAGAAAAACGGAUGCUUCAUUUUUCUUAUCAGUCCAUUCCAAUUUAAAAAAUUUGGAAUUUGAAUGUUUAAUUGUGUUACAUGUAGGUUGAGCAAAUUAUUUUUGUGAUUUCAAUUUUAGCUCAAUUGUCAGUGUUAAUCAAAGUCAAUCCUUCCAUGGUUUGAUUUUGAUUAAAAGUUCAUUUAUUUUGUUCAAUUGACCAGGCCAGGUACAGAACAUGCAAAACCUUAAUUAUGUCAGUAGUAAUGGGAUCAUCUUUUUUGAUGUUCAUAUGUGUGUACCAGGAGUAGUUUUUUUAGGUCAGAUUUCUAGUGUCGGAGUUGUGAUGUACAGCCAGACACUUUAAGAAGAUUACAUUGGUCAUGAUAUGAUUGAAUGUGUCUAGAGAAGACACAAACUAGCAAAGGUUAUCAAGGGUUUCAAUAAGCACCAACCACUGUCAAAUUUGUUCAGAGAAGUCAGCUACUUUCCCCCCCAAAAUAAAAAUUAAAUUAAAGAAAGACUGUACCAAAACUUAAAUUAAAAUUCAAUUUGCUGGACCUAGACAGACCUUUUACUUAAGAUUUAAAAUAUUUAGUGCCCAGAAUGCUGGAAAUCGCACAUCUGUACAUUAUCAUUUGUACUCAAUUUAGUGCCCAGAAUGCUGGAAAUCGCAUUUUAGGGCAUUGAAAUUUCAAAAAUUUCUAGGCGUGUACGUCCCCAGACCCCUCCAGAGGAAAACCCCAGGGCCAUUUUGAAAGCAUGAUCAUGACUAUGAAGCUUUAUUGAAAGAACUUUUAAUGUUAACUCUUGUGCAAAGAUGUUUGAUUGCUAAUGUUACUGCUAUAUAUGUUGCUAAUGUUAUUGCUGUGUGAGGCCCUUAUGCAUAGUUUAAUUCACUCUUUACCAUCCUCCUACCUCCAGGCACACCCCCAAGAUUGCUAUUUUUAUUUUAUCCUUGUGGACCAUCUAUUCUGGCCCCACCCCCACGCUAUCAAUCCUGAACAAAUGAAAUGAACAGCAAGUUCAUGCUCUCCCACAGAAACAGAAGUACAGUGUACCUUCAGAAAAUUAGAAUAAUGUAAUUUGUGAUCAAACUGUGCACACUACCUUAGGUGUAGUUGAGUCACAUUUAUAUAAUAUUAUUAUCAUCUUUACAAUAUUUUAUUUUUUUGGCAUUUUACCAAUGCUGACACUACUGACAGUAUUUAAAAUCAAUGGUCAUGACAUGCGAUGAAUGUGUUUAUAUACCUUUUAGACCAGCAGCAAGACAGAGCUCUAGCAAUACCUAGUAUGUUAAUUAGCUUAAAACAAUAUAAAUUUGAAGUUGUCUGUCUUUGACCUGUAUACCAUAUCACUGUUACUUGUGGAGUAACUUUGAGUCCUAAUGUAAAAGUAUUUUCUCUUGGCAGCUGGCUAUUCUGUUGGCUCAAAAUCUAUAAAACUGCUACUAAACGUAAAUUAUGUUAUGUAAAAUACACAUGUACCAUUAAUUUUGGUGUCUUGCUGGCAGUCACCAAAGGGUUAAGCUUUCUACUGUAAGCCAAAAAAAUACAGGUCAUGCAUGUACUGUGUGGUUAAAAAGGAUCACGGGUAAAAGUUUUAGCCCGGGGGAAGAUGAGUUAUUGUUAUUACAGAACAGUGUAUGUUCUGGUUGUUACAAUUAGCCUUUGACUGAUGGUUUUAUGACUGCCUCCUACUACAAAACACUCAAUUUUUCAAACUUUUGUUUCCAGAGUUAUUCCAAAUCCCAAAUUGGGUCUCUUUGAAAAUGGAAGGUACAGAUUUAUCAAUGGAUGUUGAUGACACUUUCCCCAAGAGUACAAAAGAAGUUCCUGCAGAUGUUUGCAAUAUCAGCAACAGGUGAAAGCAUGUUUUGAUUGAAGCAUACAUUUAUAGGAUUAAGGCAGUAAUGUAGAUGGUUUUAUCCCACUCAAGAACUUAAGGCAGAACUUUAGGCAGUAAUGUAGAGGGCUUACCAGAAAUGUUCAAUUUACGCCAGUUAAGUCUUUUGGUCUGUCUUUCUGUUAUCAUUAUUAUUUGUUUUUACCAAAAGACAACACGUACAUUAAGAAUGUACAUGAAGAAGUCAUGGUCAUUGCACGCAUGUUGAACAAGAAUGCUGUAUCAUGACAGACUAGAAACAAUAGACAACUCCCAAAGCACAAACUCAGCCAAAACGGUGAAAAUCUUCAAUGUUUACUCAAGUCUGGGCUUACAGAAGAUAAUGUCACAGUUUUUCAAUGACCAUGAAAUUCAGAGUCUGGGUAGUUAGUUAAUCAAUUGUGGCCCUGAAAAAAUUUGAACGAAAAAAACUACGAAUUUUUAAGAAAAUGCUUUUUUUGUGAGAAGGACUCUUAAACGCAGACAAACGUCAACAAAUAGGGAAAACUAUAAUUUCUAUAUGUUUGCUUUGCUCGAAAUCGCGCGCAUUUACAAGGCCCUAAAGCAUUUUGCUGACUUGCAAGGACCCAGCUGUUAUAACGAUGCCCAAAAUAAAGAGAUGAAUCUCAUAGUUUAUUAGAUACAAUCCGUGUAAAGUUUGGUUAUCAUUUUCGCAUAAAUUAUGACCUAAAUUUGGAAACCGCUGAAUUUCUCGAAUUGGGUCUUUGCGAUUUUGGUGAAACUCUGUUCAGCACAAGGCACUAAUGUGCACUAUGUGUAGCCGAGAGAUUUUCACGAAAAAAUGCCGGCAACAGCAGAUUUUUGACUCAGACCUCAAAGGGGCUUGGCAUUAUAACCACGUGACAUUUACUCUGAUCGCCAAAAUUUUUAUGUUAUAUUGUAGAUUGAUCUAUAUGUUAUCGAUUCUAUGGGUUAGACUUACGAUAAAAGUAAAGGUGGGGAUACCAGAGAGCUUCAAAGUAGGAUGGUACCUCCCCCCCCCCCCCCCCCCCCACCCCACCCAAAAAAAAAAAAAACAACAACAAAAAACAGAAUAAAAAAAAAAUAAACAAAGAUUAAAAAAAAGAAAAAAAAUAAAAAGAAUAAAAAAACAAUAAAAACAAAGGAAUAGAAGACACUCUGUCCAACCCCCCCCCCCCCCCCCCCAAAAAAAAAACCGGGUUGAGUCACCUUAAUACAGGUUAUAGAUGUAAAGACUUGAUGAAAAUACUGUGAAGACUUGACAAACUACUGUGCUCAGGACAAGAGGUGCUAGUACCUGAGUCCUGGCUACCAUUAAAAUAGAAAAAUCGCACUUUAGAAUCUGAGUAUGGUUGUUUGUAAAGUGAAGUCUUUUGGUCUAAAAAAAAAAAUGGUUUCAAGUGUGUGUCCAUUAAUUUCCGAUUAAAGUCAUUAAACCCUCCCCACCUUGUAAACUUUUAAGAGAGGACCAUGCAGACAUGACACAAGCAAAUAUCUGUCUCAGUUAUCUUAAACAUGUAAAUCCUCCAUUAAGCCCCCCGGGGGGCUUUUCAAGCUCUUUUGAGUUGGGGAGGAGGCUUAAUAGAGAGGGGGGUUAAUAGAGGAUUUACGGUAUUCAUGAUAUUUCUUGUUAGCUCAGCAUUGUACAGUACCAAAAUUGAUCCUGAUUGCAAAUGAUUCCCAAACCGCCAAUGAUCCCCAUCGUUGACAACAAAUGAUCCUGAGAGGAAAAGGAGAAAAUGGCUUGGACUUACAGUGUGUAAGUUACUGGAUCAUUGCGUCUAGAUUAUUAUCUCAACAAAAAAUCUUUAAACUGAAUAAAUUUUGCUUCAAAAGUAAUGACAAAAAAGAAACAGUGUAAAAUUACAUUAAAAACUUUGUUCAAUCAGUUAAGCAAAAAGACAUGCAAAUAAGAAAAUCUGAAAUUCUGUAAAGUUUAAAAAUACAUGUAUCCUUGAAACAAGAAAAUAGCGCUUAAAAAACAGUGCAGUUUCUUUCUUUAUUUACUGUAAUCAUUGUAAAUUUUCAUAUGUAUGUGAAACUGGACAAAACUUCAAAAUGUACCUGUAGCUAAAUUAGAUAUACAUUUGUAAUAUUUUUAAGAAGGAAUUCUCAAUCCACCCGAUCGGAUACUCAAUAUGAACUUGAGAAAAUGAUUAUUUUUUUAAAUUUGUAACCACACAAGUCUAUGAAACUGACCUAAAAUAAAAAUUUUUUCUAGUGUGAAUCCCACUAUUUAGAAGAAUUCUGAUAUGGUUACAAAAAGUUAUGCCUACUUGUUACUCUGUUUCUCAUUCCAUUCCCAUUCUCAUUUCAAUUACUUUAACAAUGUGUUGUUCAAGAUCUCAGCGCCAUUCACACAACCAUGCCUCAAGUCCAUUCCACUCCUCUACUUUUCAUGGGAUCAUUUGCAGUCGAACAUCAUUUGCGUUCCAUUUGAGAGAUCAUUUGCAGUCUGAGAAUCAUUUUCGGUGCGGGAUCACUGUAAAGCACACUAGUAUUGUUCACUUUUUGAUCUUAGUGAGGGCUUCUUUUUUGCCAGGAUGCAAAACUUGGUUGUCACAAAUUUGGCAGGCCUGCUAUGUCAGCUGAUGCCCCAUCUAAGCCCUCUCACCUCACAGUGGGAGGCCUUACAGCUGUUAUUUAUCAAAGAGGCAUCAGGGGGCAAAUGUAGACAACCUUCUUUAUUUUACAAUGUACAAGAUGCCAUGCAUGCAGCUAUGAAACAGUCUUGUAUGAAGGGCCUUCCACUUAGGAGGGUCAUGUGCAUGUAAAAGAAUUGGACAAGUUUACUUUGAAAAACCACCUGCACCGCAUAAACAGGAUGGGAAGGAGAAAUGUGCUACUUUCAUAAUAAUAUGUGCUGUCCAGAUUUUAGUAAACUGAGAUUGACCUGCCAUUACCAGGCCAGUCAAUUUACUUGCUUGCCAAACAGAACGCUGUCUAAAAUAUGCUGUCUGAGUGAAUCUGGCUAAUCAUGCAGCUCAUUGUUGCGGUAAAAAUGUUGCGGUACCUCUUGCAAUGAAUGUGAUCAUAGUUUUUUUUCAAGGACCCAAGAGCAAUGAGUGACUUAUGUGUGACCCAUUAGUCACAGGCUGAUUCCAUACACAUGUACUCCUCCCACCUUUCUGACUUAAAUUCCAUGUUAACUUUAAAAGACAAACACAAUUCAUUUUUUAUUCAUUCCAGCAAGUUAACAUGGAAUGAUUUUUUCUCUUCUAAUUAACAGAUCAGAAACUUCUAUGAAAUUAGAAAAGCAGGCAUAAAAAUGUUUAUAAUUACCUAAUAGUAUAGUAAUUUGCUUUCUAAUAGGGAAUUUGCUGAGAAUGUGCAGCACUGCAAAAUAGUGCUUGGAAAGGGAACCAAUCGAGAAGCUGUUCUAAAGCCAAUCAAUGCAGUUCUAAAUUCAGGGGGUGGCAUCGUUCCGAUGAAAAUUGAUGGCUUUAAACCUAAAGAUCUUAAAGAUGUGGAUACAUUUUGGUCAAAGUUACAGCCUAAAUUGGAUCAAAUGGUCCAGCCGUCAGCAUACACUGAUGUAUUUGACCAAAAACGUGUGGGAGACACCAUUUUUCUGUUCAUCAAGGCAGUAAACCAUUUUUGUACAGUCGAUUACAAUUUGCAUCUGCCAGGUGAUGCGGGAGUGUUGCUUCCCACUUACAACAAAGUUGUUGACUUAUUGUCUAAGAGAUCCCUUCGUAUGGAUGUUCCUCGAGUUCCAGUAACAGACCUCCCUGUGGGUAUUUUACCUGAGACAUUCACAUACGAGGAUGUACUAAACUUCCACGAAUCCAAACAGGUUCAGUUUAAAUGCUUCAGAUCCAAGCAUCCCAUAUUGCACAGCAGUAACCACGAGGAAAAUAGAAAAAUUGAGAGACAGAUAUCCGCUUUUGGAAACGGCAAUGGAGGAAUGUUCAUCAUGGGUGUGACAGACAACGGAGAAGUCCAAGGUCAAAGUAUGAAAGGGGAUAGUGAAGCAGAGUUGAAGAAUAGGUUUGAAGCUAUGAUUGAGAAAAUGAGUGACACAUGGAGCUUUAUUCCAAGACAGGGAGUUCAUUGGGACAUCAAGUUCUUUCCAGUUGCUGGUGCAGAAUCAAGGUCUAUCGUAGUGAUUCUUAUCGCUGGUAUGCAGAACUUGGGAGGAAUUUUUAGAAGAUGCCCGGUAAGCUUUGAACUUGUUGGGUCUGACGGAGAGGAUUACAUUAUCCCCUUGACUUGA